CUAACCGACAACAACAGACUGUUGUGUUUCCGGAUUCGGCGUUAUGACGCAAGACUCGCUCAGCGCUCUCAUUGGCUGUUUUGUGUCAGCUGGGUCAACUCACCGGAAACAGGAACUGUCAUCUGCAGUAGCUCUGAGCUCUGAUUGUUAACCAUGUCGGGGAGUUUUUAUUUCGUUAUGGUGGGUCAUCAUGAUAACCCGGUGUUUGAGAUGGAGUUUCUUCCUCCGGGAAAGUCCGAAUCAAAGGAUGACCACAGACAUCUGAACCAGUUCAUCGCUCAUGCUGCUCUGGAUCUGGUGGAUGAGAACAUGUGGCAGUCCAGCAACAUGUACCUGAAGACCGUGGACAAAUUCAACGAGUGGUUCGUGUCUGCCUUCGUCACUGCUGGCCAUAUGAGAUUUAUUAUGCUCCAUGAUGUUCGGCAAGAGGACGGAAUCAAGAACUUCUUUAAUGAUGUUUAUGAUCUGUACAUCAAGUUUGCAAUGAAUCCCUUCUAUGAAGCCAACGCGCCGAUUCGCUCCACAGCCUUUGACAGGAAAGUGCAGUUUCUUGGGAAGAAGCAUCUGCUCAGUUAAUUCAUUUUACUAAAUGUACAUGUAUUUGUUGUCAUGCAUAAAUCCACAGGUGUGCUGUUAAAGUUUCAGUUGUUUAUACUCAUCGUUACUGGCUUAUAUUCACAUUCUUACCUGCUACUGUACAACAAAUGAAGUGUGAUUACAUAUUAUUUCUAAAGUGUGUAAAAAAAAAAACCAUCAUCAAACAGGAAUGCAGCAUAAAUGACACACUAAACAUUUCAAAUGCAACAACUGUUACCUGUGAUCAAUCGCAUGCUGCUUUUGUACAAUACUGUUUUUUCCAGUAAUAAACAAUUUCAUCAAGUACUGUUCAAUACUUCUUUAAUAUCGAUUUAACAAUGUACAAUAUUGAGAUUUUAGUGCUUCUUUUCAAAGUGCGUGCUUAGACACUUCACCUCAUCCAUAUUUUUAGUACAAGUACUGUGUAUAUAUUUGGCACGCUACACAAUUAUGUUAAUAUAUAUUAGAAAUGAUCACACAGCGUAUGAACGCCUGUCCUGCAUAAGUUAAUCAUAGUUACAGGAAAAGAAAAUCACAUGAAACGCACAGUGCAAGAAAAAUCAGCAUUUUCAAAUCUUGUUUUCCAGUAAAAACAAAACAAGAAGCAUUUACUUAAGAAUCAAACAGCACGUGACAGACUUGUUUUCACAUAGUGCAUUUUAAAAUAAGAUGUUUUUUACUCAAGAUGA